CAUUGACAGCAAGGGUUGAGUGACUUCUUUGAGGUGGCUGAUGCAGUAAGGUAGUGUUACACAUGGAGAAAUAAAAAUGUUAGAUUGUCUGUUAUUAAGAUGAUCUAUUUAACACUGCAACAAAUGAGUUGGGAAUAGGUCACUGUCCAUUGUAAUUAGCCAUUCACGUUGAAGGUUGUCAUCAUGUCUUCAGGUGGACGCAGAUAACGUUAGUAGCACGACCCAACUGGCUCUGUUAAAUUAGGCUACUUACCUUAAAUUAUCUGGAAACGCUAAAAGUAACAAAUUACAGUUUAAAGAAAUACCUCAAACGUCAACGGUGGCAUAAUGAGAUCCAGAGUGUUAACGUUAUAUCUACAAAAGUUGUUAAAGUUAUCCUCGCCAAAUCUGUCAACACAUGGCCGUAGCUGCUCUGUGAGUGCAUCGGUCAACAGCAACGUUAAUGUUAAACAAAAAGACGAAUUGUUCAAGACAAAGUUAGCGACUGGACCAGGCUUUCAUGACUUCAUCAAAGAUGUUUCUGCUAGCAAGAAAUCGACGAGCAUCAAUCAGGAAUCUGACAGUAGACAUGCAUAUCUUCCCGAGGACGCAACUGAUGGAAAUUCAAGGAAAGUGUUUUUUGAAACCUAUGGCUGUCAGAUGAACGUCAAUGAUACUGAGAUUGCUUGGUCAAUUCUGCAGAAAAAGGGAUAUCUCCGAGCCAAAGAACUCACUGAGGCAGAUGUUGUUCUCCUAGUCACAUGUUCAGUCAGAGAGAAGGCAGAGCAGACCAUCUGGAACAGACUUAAACAGCUCACUGCUCUCAAAAAGAGGCGAACAAAAACUCAGGGCCCCAUGAAGAUUGGACUUUUAGGUUGCAUGGCAGAGCGUCUGAAAUCAGAGCUACUGGAACGGGAGAAGCUUCUAGACAUUGUGGCUGGUCCGGACGCAUACCGAGACCUUCCCCGCUUGUUGGCUCUGGCCUCUGGUGGACAGCAGGCCAGCAACGUGCUUCUCUCCCUGGAAGAGACCUACGCUGACGUCAUGCCUGUGCAGCACACCACAGGACAGAGUGCCUUUGUGUCCAUCAUGAGGGGUUGUGACAACAUGUGCAGCUACUGCAUCGUUCCCUUCACGCGAGGUCGGGAGCGAAGUAGACCGGUGACCUCCAUUCUAGAGGAAGUCCGGCUCCUCUCUGAGCAGGGGAUCCGGGAGGUCACGCUUCUGGGCCAGAAUGUGAACAGCUACCGGGACACGUCCGAGCAGCAGUUCUGUGGCCCGGAGCCGACCCAGCUCAGCCGUGGCUUCAGCACCGUGUACCGGAUCCGCCAGGGAGGCCUGCGCUUUGCAGACCUGCUGGAACGCGUGUCGCUCGUCGAUCCCAACAUGAGGAUCCGCUUCACGUCCCCCCACCCAAAGGACUUUCCCGACGAGGUGCUGCAGCUGAUCCAGGAGCGGCCGAACAUCUGCAAGCAGAUCCACCUGCCCGCGCAGAGCGGCAGCAGCCGCGUUCUCCAGGCCAUGCGCCGCGGGUACACAAGGGAAGCCUAUCUUGAACUUGUGGAAAAUGUUUGCCGCAUAAUUCCUGGGGUGAGCCUGAGUAGCGACUUCAUCGCUGGCUUCUGCGGGGAGACCGAGGAGGACCACCAGGAGUCACUCUCUCUGCUCCGAGCCGUGCGUUACAAUGUGGGCUUCCUGUUCGCCUACAGCAUGAGGAAGAAGACCCAUGCGUACCACCGUCUCCACGACGACGUAUCUGCGGAGGUGAAGCAGCGGCGACUGCAGGAGCUCAUCGCCGUGUUCCGAGAAGAGGCGGCACGCGUCAACGGCAGCCUCGUGGGCAGCACCCAGCUCGUCCUGGUGGAGGGAGAGAGUAAGAGAUCUGCUCAGGAGCUGUCUGGCAGGAGUGAUGGCAACGUGAAGGUGAUCUUCCCCAAGCGAGAAGUGCCUGGCCUGGACCCAGGUUCCCACUCCGAGCCAAUCAAACUGGGAGACUACAUACUGGUCAAGAUUGCGUCGGCCAGCUCCCAGAGUAUGAGAGGCUAUCCUGUGUGCCGCACCACCCUGAGUGAGGCCACUCGUCACUCAGCCGACGCCCUGCAGCAGCAACAGCAGCAGCUCUCCAGCGCCCAGCUCCCCAAAGACAGCCACGUACACUCCUGUGGCUAACACUGACUGUGCUGGACACUCAGACUGAGAUUGAAAAUGAGAGAGUGACAAAUGUGCCCUUGUGGAGAAGGAGAGAGAGAGAGAGAGAGAGAGAGAGAAAAAGAGAAAGAGCGAGAGAAAAAUCACUCUGGAGAAGGAGUGGUUAAAAACC